AUGCUGGGGAUAGAAAAGGAAAACCAGUCAAGUAUCAGAGAAUUUAUCCUUCUUGGUUUUGGAAAUCUUCCCGAAGUGCAACCUUUUCUUUUCUGGUUCUUCUUGGUGAUUUAUCUGAUGACAAUAUUUGGGAACCUCCUCAUAUUUCUGCUAGUUGUGGCCGACAGACAUCUUCACACCCCAAUGUAUUUCUUCCUGUCAAAUUUGUCUUGCCUGGAUACUUGCUACAGCUUUAAUUUCUUGCCCAAAAUGUUGACCAAUUUGCUGACUGGAGAGAGAACCAUUAGUGUGACUGGAUGCCUAGCCCAAUAUCAUUUCUUCUGCAUUUGUGCAUCAAUAGAAACAUACCUUUUAGCUGCAAUGUCUUAUGAUCGCUAUUUGGCAAUUUGUAGACCUUUACAGUAUGCUUCUAUUAUGAACAGCAGAUUCUGUUUCCGACUCAUGGUUGCAAUAGGCAUAAACAGUUUGAUAUUUAAUGUCAUUCUUGUAACUGUUGUGGCUCAAUUAACCUUUUGUGGGCCUAAUGUCAUAGAUCAUUACUUUUGUGAUUUAUAUCCACUGAUGAAACUCUCCUGUAGUGACACAAGUCUCUUUGAACGCUUUACUUUUUGCAUGACCAUUGUUUUCACAAUUCCCCCAUUCCUGUUGACCCUCACUUCUUACAUUUGCAUCAUCGUCACCAUCUUAAAUAUCAAAUCCACUACGGGAAGGCAUAAAGCCUUUUCAACAUGUUCAUCUCAUCUCAUGGUAGUUUGUCUCUUUUAUGGCACAUUAUUCAUUGCCUAUGCAUUGCCAGACACCCCUACCCUAAGAUACCUCAAUAAAAUCAUUUCCAUUUUCUACACAGUCAUGACUCCUCUAGUUAACCCUCUUAUCUACACUUUGAGAAACAAAGAAGUUCAUAAAGCAUUAAGACGAAAUUUGGGGAAAGUGAUUAUUUUUUUGUCAUUUGUCACUUGA